AUGGCGGUUUCGCCUUUGAACCCCCUCGCCUUGUCACGCGCAGCUUCAAACUCGAAUGAAGCCAGUAAAUCGGAAAAGGCUCCUGUCAUCAGCUCACCUCAUAAGCAGAGAGGCAGAUUGUCGCCUCGACUGGUGAAGACCCCCGACCGUGAGAUCACGGAACAACUAAACGAGGAUGUGAGGCAGAAGUACAUCAAAGAUAAGAAGCUGGGUGAGGGUACUUAUGCCGUAGUAUUCCUCGGGCACCUUCGCACAGACCCGUCCUCAUACGUUGCCAUAAAAAAGAUUAAAGUCAACGCUGAAUACAAAGACGGACUUUCGAUGGACGCGAUUCGGGAGGUAAAAUACCUGCAAGAGCUUUCACAUCCAAAUAUUAUUGCACUCCACGAUGUGUUCUCAUCCAAGGAUCAGAAUCUCAAUCUGGUCCUAGAAUACCUACCGCGCGGUGAUCUUGAGAUGCUCAUCAGGGACAGCAGUAUCCAGUACGGUGCUGCUGACGUUAAGGCCUGGAUGGGAAUGCUUGCCAGAGGUGUUUGGUUUUGUCACGAGAAUUUUAUUUUGCAUCGCGAUAUAAAACCAAACAACCUUCUUGUCGCUGCCGACGGAGAAGUUAAACUUGCAGAUUUUGGCUUGGCUAGGUCGUUUGCUGACCCAUACUUAAACAUGACACACCAGGUUAUUACACGCUGGUAUCGACCUCCGGAGUUGCUUUUCGGUGCGCGACAUUACUCUGGAGCCGUCGAUGUUUGGUCUAUGGGAAUGGUCUUCGCCGAACUUCUUCUCCGGGUUCCAUUCGUUGCGGGGAACUCCGAUCUAGACCAAAUCUCUAAGCUUUGUGAAGCUUUCGGAACGCCAACGGAGGACAUCUGGCCGGGCCCAGAAGCAUCACCUUCACAAAGUAGAAGCUCAUCUGCACAAGGGUCUUAUUCAACAAGUGCAACUACUUUUGAAGAUGCCGAUGAAGGUCCGGGUGCACAAAAGUCAACUGCAAAAUUGAAAGAGACAAAGGGAAAUGUCAUUGUGAGCGUCCGAGUGCGUCCUGACGCGAACGGUGGCGAAAUCACGAAGACUGCUGAAUGGAUGGUAGAUGGAAGACAAGGCAUCAUUUCGUACAACGGAAAAGAAGGCGGUGAUUAUUCGUAUGAUAACGUGUUCCCCCCUCAUGAACACAACGCCAAAGUCUACGACGCUGCAGCAAAACGCCUAGUGAGGCGGGUAAUGGAAGGAUAUCAUGGUACAGUCUUCGCGUACGGCAUGACUGGUACUGGCAAGACUUUUUCUAUGCAAGGAACUGCAACGUCUCCGGGAGUGAUACCGUUGGCAAUAACGGAUAUAUUCUCCUUUAUCAGGGAAACGCCACACCGAGAAUUCUUACUACGCGUCAGUUAUCUCGAGAUAUAUAACGAAAAGAUCAACGACCUGCUGUCAGCCUCAGUUUCUGGCGGGCCCACUGCUCCUCAACAGGAGGAGAUCAAGUUGCGCGAAGACAGCAAACGAGGUGUAUAUGCAACACCAUUGAAAGAAGAAAUCGUCCAGAGCCCGACACAGCUUCUCCGUGUAAUAGCAAGAGGAGACCACGCUAGAAGGACCGGCAGCACGCAAUUCAACUCCCGCAGCUCUCGAAGUCACGCAGUUGUUCAAAUUGUUGUCGAGAGCAGGGAACGAGUGCCCACUGGAGCUUCUCAGGACAGAAGGUCAGGCCUGGUUCCAGGCGGGGUUCGAGUAUCAACGCUUAGUCUGAUAGACCUUGCUGGGUCAGAACGGGCUGCCGACGACAAGGAGCGACGCACUGAAGGCGCUCAUAUAAAUAAGAGUCUGCUGACUUUGGGUACUAUAAUCUCUAAGCUCUCGGAAGCUAGAGAUAGGGCCAGCAAUCCUACUGAUAAAGAGGGGAAGCAUCUGCCGUACCGGGAUAGCAAGCUUACAAGAUUGCUACAGCCUGCCUUGUCAGGAAACUCACUUGUCAGUAUACUCUGCACGAUACAACUAGGAGGGACAGCCAAGUCGCACUCCGGCGAAACUCUCAACACCCUGAAAUUCGCAGCUCGCGCCAAAAACAGCAUUGUCAGUCAUGCUAAACGAGCAGAAGAAGCAUUUGGUAGUGGUGGGGUUGAUGCAGGAAGCCGGGUUCUCCUGGAGCGCUACCGGAUGGAGAUCCAGACACUCCGUAACCAAUUAGAGAGUCAGACAAAGGCCCAAGCUGAGAAAGAGCUGAAGCUGGAAGAACAGCAACUUGAAAAAGAAGCACAGGCACGCCAUGAAGAGCAAAUGCUCGAAAUGCAACUGGCUCGAACGGCCCUGAAAGAGAGAAUUGAACAUUUGAAUCGUCUAAUUCUGUGUUCAAAGUCCACUGGCGUUAAUACUCAGGGAAACCUAUCCGCUCUUGGCCGCCUUUCUAGGAUGUCGACUGGAUCUCGAUCUUUACGCUCUUCACUCAGCCAAUCUACCUUAGGGGCAUACGGGCACUCAUCAUUUCGGCCAAUCUCCUUUCUGUCUGUCAACAGUAAUGAACCUUCCGGAAACCAAUCCUUCCCGGGUGGACAUCUUGGGCAUGAAUUCGAGGAGGAUUUCAUUGGCGAGUUCGCAGAUGGAAAGGCAAGCACUCAGAGACAGAUCGCGGCCCUCCAGGCCGACCUCAACGACAAAAAUCGCUAUAUAUCUACACUGGAGAGACGGCUAUUACAAGCGCGACGCUCGAGUCAUUCCCGCAUGUCGAUAGGUAUGAAAACCGGAAGUGCUACCCCCGAUGCCCCCGAUGUUCUAGCUUUACUACGAGAGAAGGACAUGGAGAUCAAUGAGCUUCGCCUACAACUGGAUGACAAGGACCGGAUGCUCGCUGCUCUCCGCUCUGCAGCUCGACAUCGAGAUCUAGCUCAUUCAGCAACCGAUGCAUUCAUUCCUGACACAAAAGAUAUGUCUGGACGUCAGGAACAUCGUCCUGGCGGCGAUGACUCGCCGGCUUACGACUCAGCUGUUGGUCUUUCUUCCCCAAUCAAAGAUGAAGACCCGGCAGAAAAAAAACGAAGCAUGGAUGACGUGUCACGUAUUCUAGAUGAAAUGAUUCAGGAUCGCGUCGAAAGUGGCCAUUUAAUCAAAGGAUCUCAUGGGAGUGUUCGUGUUGCCGCAGAAAGUCGGCGAACAUCUGAAUCAAUUGCCGGUUUGCCUGGCUUGAGCAUGAGCGCUACAGAUUUGGAGAGUUCUGGCUAA